AUGCUAGGCGUCCACCACUGGACGCCUCGCCAGCCCGGGCAGAAGGGGCUCCGCAUAUUGUCGUUGGACGGGGGGGGUACCCGCGGCGUUCUGACCAUCGCGCUGCUGCGGGAGGUGCUCAAGGGCUUCGACAAGGACGUACACGAGGUGUUCGACGUGAUUUGCGGUACCUCGACAGGGGGCAUCCUUGCCAUGCUCUUCGCCUCGGAGAAGCAGUCGCUGGCUUCCGCGACGACCAUGUACGACUCGCUGAUCGUCAAGAUCUUCAAGAAGGACCUCCUCGCCAAUGCCAAGCUCGUGCUGCAGCAGGCCCAGUACUCCAGCACCGACUGGGAAGCGAUCCUGGAAGACAUCCUGGGCGACCGUCGCAUGAUCGACACCAUGACCCUGCCCAACAACCCAAAGGUGGUGAUCUGCUCGACCAUCAUGAACGUCGACCCGUUGGAGAUGAUGCUCUGGAGGAACUACGGCUACCGGCCGGAGCAGGAACCGCCGUACAAGGGGGACUACAGGCGCAAGAUGCGUGAGUGCGUUCGAGCGACCACGGCGGCGCCUUCGUUCUUCACCCCCCUGGUUGACGGCAAGAUGAUGUACGCGGACGGGGCCUUCCUGGCCAACAACCCGACGUCCAUCGCGCUGACCGAGGCUAAGCUCCUGUACCCCAACGUGCCGAUCGAGUGCGUGCUCUCUGUGGGUACGGGGUUUUACGUGCCGACGCGGAAGGAACCCGGCAUGAGCUGGGGCACCGUCCUCAACCAGCUCGUCAACAGCGCCACCGACACGGAGGGCGUGGACUCGAUGCUCAAGACCUUCCUCCCUCGCGACCAGUACUUCCGCUUCAACGCCCCCAUACAGCCGUUCGACAUCGACGAGACCAGGGUGGAGAAGCUGGACGAGCUCAAAGCGCUGGCGAAGGAGUACACGCAACGCCCCGAGAUUAAGGCGAGGGCCGAGGAGCUACGACGGUUGCUGCGCGGCGAGAACAGCAACUCGGGAUGGCCUUCCAUUGGCCGCGGUGGGGGUGGUGGUGAUGACGGCGGUGAUGGUGGCGAGGGGAACGAGCCUCCCCUUCCCCCGGCGGGGGACGGUGUUAGUGGGGGCCUGAUACGGUAGACUUGCGAAAAAAGUAGCCCCGCGUUCUGGUUGUAUUUCAUGUCUGUUUUGUUUGUUUGUUUUGUUUGUCCUGCUUCGAAGGCAAACCCAGGUAGUGCACGGGAUUGGACCUAUCCCAAGCUGCGGUGGUGGUGGUGGUGAUGGUGGCAGAGCGUCGAUAGCAACGGGGACACAGCAGUAGUGCCAAUACGCCCCCCGCGCUUGCGUCCCUCUCUCUCUCCCUCGCGCGCGCGCGAGGGUUGGGGGGGG